UCUCUCUCUCUCUCUCUCUCUCUCUCUUUCUAACUCUGCCUUUCAGAUAAAUAAACAUUUUUUUCCUACUAAAAACCAAUGUGUGGGGUAAAUAAAAAAUGGGAAGUUUUAGCCACCGUGACUUUUUUAGGGGCUUCUUUUGCUAUAGUUGGGUGAAGUGACCGCAGAGCCUGAACUAUUGGAGAGCAAUGUGGCAGCUGAGGACCCAGACCCUUGAGUGCAGUGCUAUGACUAGAUAGCAAUGCCACUGUACCCUCAGGGGGUAAGCUCCAUCCUUUGUCCUCGGGCAUCAUUCUUUAUAGAUGUGUGGAAAACCGCAGCCUGCUUCCCCUCCAUGCUUUGGGGUACAGGGCCCUUCAUUCCCAAGAUGAAUACGUUUUUUCAAAACAGCCAUGCCCCACUCUCUCCAUUCCCUUUUAAGUCCUGAAGGGGACCCCUACAGCGAACACUUUCCAGUGGGGGGAUAGUGUGUGGAGCUUAGGAGACCAGAGUUGAACGGCCGGGAACAGAUUCCAUGCUGCCUCGGAAAGCCAGUUCUCUGCACAUCCCGACUCUUAACUCCUCCACACCUGGCUUUAGCUCCCAGCCGUCCCUCUGAUCCCCUCAAGUGGCAGGGGCAAGCAUCUCAGGUCCCUUUCUUCGCCAGAGACUUCUAGAACAUUUCUUUACCAUCUUGGAAUGCACUACGUGAUUUUGAAAUAAUGUACAGAUAGCAGGGUUUGGUCCUUUAAGUUUCUGUCCUUUCUCAAGAUACAGCCGGAAAACAAAGAUAGAAAUCUGCCUGUCCCUGCUGGCGAAACCUGACUACAAAAGAGGUUUGCUUGUCUUUAAAUGGCCAGGGCACAUGGAGUCACAUGCUUUGAAACCAAUUAGCAGCACGGAUGAGCUAGUCAGUCCUGCUCAUUUAGAGGGCGGGGGAAGGGUACAAGUCACAUACUUUGUGUUUUUAAGUGUUUCUGAGAAAUGAAGACCUCCAGGGCAGAGAGAAGGCGGAUCAGGAAAUAACUAUGCAAACCACAUACCUAUCAUAUUACUAAAACUUUGAUUAGGGGCAUUAACAAUUGCUUCAGCACUCACAGGUAUGAAACGGGAGUGAGUAAGACUGGGCAUGUUUUGGAAGGGAUUACAUGAGUGUUUACUUACAUGCUUUGGUGAGCACCGAAUGUGGUCCACGGCUGUUCUGGACUUACACUGCCUGUGCAGCCCAGGUAGGACACACGCAGGCACACAUUCCACUCUCCUUGGGGACUCUUGUGGAUCUCAGUGACUUGGAAAAACAGCCAAAGGUACUAGACCUCAGCACAACUCUUCACCCUUCCAGGUGCUAGAAUAGGGACCUGGAUUCCGUGGCAGCAUCUAGAGCCUUGGAAGUGCCCUGUGGUGGUCAAUGGUUCAAAACACCCAGAGGAAUGGCUUAGGCUAAUGCGAUCUUGGAAACGCAAAGUGCAGGGCGUUAUACGGCUCUGACAUCAAAUGCAGUGAGGGUGUUCAUUCCCCUGGUCGUUGUUCAGGGCUGCAUGGGAUUGACAGCAUCGGAAAGUUGGGGAAAGCUGGAAUUUGUCUCCAAAGUCUGGGCUGACAACACUGGGCUCCUCUUUUUAAUGCCUUUAUUUUUCUGUCAGAACAAUUUCAAAAUAAUAACAAUCUUGUGGCAUUGUCUUCCCACGUCUAUUGCUUAAAAAUUCAUCAACUAAGUUAGAAUGCCCCUCAAGGUCAAGUUGUGCUCAUUAAUGGUACUGUAUUUUCAUCUCUCAGACAAUAGGGUUGCUUCGCCAGUGUUUUCUGUUGAGUGUGGAAGACUGUUUAUGGGAAAACACAAUCAAAAUACAUUUCAACAUUUUGAAAUCAACACAUUAUUAGUGUUUUCUGAACUCACAUGAAGAUCCAAUCAACUAAAUAGAAGUUGAGUCCCAGUGGGUCAUGGAUGAGCUGUAAACUAUGGAUUUGAAGGGGGAACUUUUAGGGAAUCAUUUAUGAAUUUUUAAGUUGAAAUGUGAGUUUGAAUUGAAAGCCAAAAUGAGGCCUGAGAGCUCCUACUCUCCUCCCUCCCCCCUCACAUAUUUGAAAACUGAAAUUCUGUAAGAGAUUAUCUGUGAAAUGCCUUUCUUUUAUUAUGCCCAUAAAUUUUAGGAGUGGCUUUGAUCAAGCCUUCUGCCAUUCUCGGUUUCUAAAUCUUUUAUUCAUACGUUAAUAACUUUAAAAACAUUCAUCCUAUUUUUGUUAUAGUGAAAGAGGAAGUGUCUAAAUAGUCAAAAGGGAAACAUUGAAAAUAGAGCACACUAAAUGAUAACUAAAUUAGGGUAGGGCUUUUUUUUUUUUUCCAGAAAGAGCAGUGCUCCAUGCUGAAACCUGCUAGGGUAUUUUAAGAUUAUUGUCUGUAAAGAAAAUGUACCAGACUUGAGGGCCUCAUAGGAAAGGCAUUACAGAAAUGCAAACUAUUAUCAGAAACACAAACUAUGCAUAGGACAAUGUUUGUGAGUACCUAAUACUUCAGGCAGUGGCUCUCUUUUGUUUUUUUGGCUCUCAUGUAAAACACACACACACACACACAUUCAUGUACAACUUGCAAAUAUGAGUUACACUCUGCCAACUUCCUCUAGACAUGGACCCUGGGGGAUCAAACUCUUAGGAAAAUUAUGCCUGUUUUUCCAUUGCCCUGCUUCCAAUCCCCACCAAUCAGCAAGUCCUAUCUGAGAGUCUCUCGAGAGACUACGAAGCUGCGUUAGCAACAAAAUCCUCUCUGUAAAAUGGGAAGAAAGGGUUGUUAACUGAUGAGUCAAUCCCAUUUUUAUAGCAGUUUAUCUUUGUGGUAUUUCCAAGAGCACAAAUGCUAUUUAAAAAAAAAAAAGUCAUGACAGGAAGAACACAGUAGGGAAAAAAAACAGGAACAUUGAAGCCAAAAGCAAUUGACUCUGCCAGUAACUGGUUACAUUUCCUUUGUUUUAUUAUUAUUAUUGCAAAAGUUGGGGUUGAGAUGAAAAGUUUCUCACACCUGCACUGUCGAGACGCAUAACUUGUCGGAGGCCACGGUGAAGAAAAUUACAUAAAUGCCUCUACAACUCUGAGCUGCCAGACACUUUAAGGAAACAAACAAACUUGUUUGCGUUGCAUUGUUCAUAACACUGCCUAUAAUUCAUUCCUAUGUGGAGGAGUUCUUAAAAAUGGGUGAGAUGUCAGAGUAGCCCAGAGCACUGGAGGCAGCUUGAUUCUCCUGGGAUUAACACCUAUUGAAAUAGCAGUGACUUCACAAAGGUGAAGGCUUGUUAAUUUCUUGGCACAGAGUAUGAGAGGCAGAUGGGCAGUCAGAAAAGAUUCUUUAACAGAAAGAACAGUAAUUUUUCAUUGAUUAGGACAUAGAACCAGCAACCCACUGCAGAGGCUAAUGUGUAUAUGAUGCUCCAAGUUCAGUGACAUUAGUAAAUUUCAGUGAAAGUCUUAACACCUCGAUGGGACCCUGCUGGCCAUCAAGUCUAUGGGAUUUUGGUUGCUUCUCAAGAGUGUGUUUAUUAGGGGAAAGCUUUAUCCAGUCCACGUUAAUAUGAAUGCCUCAUCAUGAGGCAGAAAGAAGGAGAGGGGAGAAUGAACACGUAUGCUGUGUGCUAAAAGCAGACUCUGAAUGAAAUCUCCCUUGGGUUGGAAUCUUAACUGCUUCCAAGAAACCUGUUGAGUGGCCCAAGACAGGUCAUUUCAUCUCUAUCUCACCUUCUUGAUCUGUACAAUGGGGAUAAUUAUACCUUUGUCAUUGACUUGUUGUGACAAAGUACUCCAAGAAGGGACUGACUCAGAGAAAGUGCUCCGUGUUUGCUUCUCUAGGUAUCCAUGCAUAAUAUCAGCAACACUGCUGCAAAGGGCAUUUAUGGGACUCUGCAAUGAGCCAGCCUGGGGCUGGGCCAGGGGUUAUGGAUACCUGUGGAGAGUAACCGUGCGUUGAUUGCUUACACUAUGGUGUUAUUAAAGAAGAUAGCAGGGAGGUGCUGCUGGCUUGUGGGGGAGGGAAGGAGGUUGGCCUCACCAAGAGUACCCAGCUGCUCUCCUGCCCCAGCAGGACUCUGGGUCUCUCAGCAGGAAUGGCCAGGGCCACGGCAGGUAUAGAUCAUGCAGGACAGCCAGAAGAAGGUGGGGCUGUUUCUAAUGCCAAAGAACUAAAGUCCAGAGCUCCAGCUGACCCCUGACCGGCAUCACAUCCUAAUGUAUUCAGUCACCAGCCUGGCAAAUGAUUUGUUUCCAUGACCCUGGAGUGGGGGGAGGGGGGAAAAGAGGUGCUCUGAAGGCCUGAAUCUAGCCAUUUUUUUUAAGUCCUUAAGCUUUACCUGAGGUCUCCUGCUUCCAAAAAUGUCUUUAAUUGUGUCUUGGGGGGUUGCCAUCGCAUCUGGCACUCCAUUCUCCCCAGACUUUGAACACUGAAGCUCCUUAGCACAUCUGGGCAUUACAGGUGGAACAAGCUGAGAGUCCUGAAAUGCCAGACCCCAUGGCUUCAGGGUAACCAAGAACCAAAGGCUUUCAGGUCUCCCAUAUCAAUCACCCACAGGAUCUCCUAUUGUUGCCUUAGGGUGCCAGAGCCAAGUCGUCAGCAGAAAAUGUGGGGGCAGCAGUUAGGUGCCUUGGGUGACGAGUGUCCCAUGUGGUGAGUUGGCAGGCCCAGUCAGUGAGGCCCAGAAAGAGGACCAUGUAGGCAUCUUUAAUUCCAUUAGUCACUUGCUCAUUCAACAGUCUUGUUAUGCAAUGCUGCCGGCUGGGUGUUGUGCUGGGGCAGAUGAAAGAUGAAUCUGGCACGGUCUUGCCCAGCCUAGUGCAAUAAUACACACACACACACACACUCCAGGGAACUUAGUGACAGGUUCCUCAUGAGAAGGACUAUUAAAAGUACACAAGGGAGACUAAAGGAAGGGCGUGAGUGUGAGCACUGAACAGCCAAUAGCAUUCACCUAGACAUACCUGCCUUGGCCAUGCACUUGCUUUUUUUUCUCUUGAUCACGUCAUGAUCACACAGCAUUGAAGCUGGUGUGGGUAGAAUAUUAGGCACUAGCUGGUCUGUUCUAAGUUUGUCAUUCUCAGAAUCCGCACGGGGAAAGACAUGUGCUUUUCUGGAUUUUGAAAACAGCUCAAAGAAUGGAGAAAAUAGAUCCGGCUGGGGGGAGAGAGGUCUCAGCAGUUCCCGGAAGCUUUGCUGUCAGUGUUUAAAAGAGCAUGCUCAGUGCAAGUUCUCAAAAAGGCCUUGGGGAUCGGAAAGCUCUUCUGGAAACAAAUGCCUUUUACGUUUAAGUGCUUUUCACCAAAAUGCUAGUAGCUAGGGAAGAUGGAAGUAACACGCGGUAGAACAGAGACAAUAUUGUUUCGAUUCUGUUCCUCAGUGCCUUCCCACCUGCUCUGAGCGAGUAUUUUGAUAAGGGACAUGAAAAGGAUAUCUUUCCCUGGAAGUCAUUAAAGUCUUAGCACUUGAGUCAGCUGUGGAAACACAAAGUCUCCUGGACACAAUGGUCCACGCCUCGGCUCCGGGCCGUGGCCAGUGUCCGAUCCGCGGAACGUGGCGUGGCGCGGUGACAGGGAAGCAGCAGGUCCGCGGCAGCGGCCGGGCAGGCAGGGGAUGAAAUCAUCCCACCUCCCUGCUCUGCUGGGAGGUGGGGAGCGCACGGCCCUCCCUGCCCGUCUGGCAGCUCGGCUGAGUCCUCAGCGCUCAUCCCACACCCUCAGUGCUAGUCACUGCCGUGUGUUUACAUGAGUAAGGGAGCCGCCGGGGGAGGGCGGUUGUAAGCUGAGCGCACAGCCUCGCGGCUCGCAUUCGGAGGGAGGCUGACAGGCAUAGCACGACCAGACUUCCAGGGAUGUGGCCCGAGAGCAGUCACAUGCUGUAGCGUUCGCGAGCGCAGACAUCAAUCAGGCAGAUGUUUGUCGACUGGAAUGGCGCCAAAUCUUAAAGGCAGACCGCGCAAAAAGAAAACAUGCCCGCAGAGAAGAGACUCAUUCAGUGGCGUCAAGGAUUCCAACAACAAUUCCGAUGGCAAAGCCGUUGCCAAGGUGAAAUGUGAGGCCAGGUCAGCCUUGACCAAACCGAAAAAUAACCAUAAUAACUGUAAAAAAGUUUCCAAUGAAGAAAAACCAAAGCUUGCCAUUGGUGAGGAGUGCAGGGCAGAUGAACAGGCCUUCCUGGUGGCACUUUAUAAAUACAUGAAAGAAAGGAAGACACCAAUAGAGCGGAUACCCUAUUUAGGUUUCAAACAGAUUAACCUUUGGACUAUGUUUCAAGCUGCUCAAAAACUGGGAGGAUAUGAAACAAUAACAGCCCGCCGCCAAUGGAAACAUAUUUAUGAUGAAUUAGGCGGUAAUCCUGGGAGCACCAGCGCCGCCACUUGUACCCGCAGACAUUAUGAAAGAUUAAUCCUACCAUAUGAAAGGUUUAUUAAGGGAGAGGAAGAUAAGCCCCUGCCUCCAAUUAAACCUCGGAAACAGGAGAACAGUUCACAGGAAAAUGAGAAUAAAACAAAAGUUUCAGGAGCCAAACGCAUCAAGCAUGAAAUGCCUAAGAGCAAGAAAGAAAAAGAGAAUGCCCCAAAGCCCCAGGAUGUGUCCGAGGUUUCAUCGGAGCAAGAGAAAGAGCAGGAGACUUUAAACCAGAAAAAUGCCACAGAGCCUCUCCAAGCCACAGACGUAAAGAAAAAAGCGGAAGGGCAUCCGGAGGCUGCCACGAGGCCUCUGGGGUCCCGAGCAGACCUGGAAAAGGGCUGUGACCCAGACCAGGGCUCCAAGAGCGAGAAGGAGGCUGAGGAGUCGACAGAGGAGAAGCCUGUACCUCCGCUCCCGGAUGCUCCGCUGGCGCCUGAGAGGGACCCAACCCCGAAGCUCGGGGCUGCCAAACAGUCCCUCACUCCACCCAGCGCACUGGUAGACUCCAAGCAGGAAUCCAAACCCUGCUGCUUUGCAGAGAGCCCCGAGAGGGACGUCCAAGAGGCUGCCUUUCCCACCUUCCCUCCGACUCAGCCACCGCCGGCCAGCCAGAAUGAGGUGGAAGAGGACAAACUCCCUGCCAUGGCGGAUUACAUCGCCAACUGCACUGUCAAAGUGGACCAGCUGGGCAGCGACGACAUCCACACCGCGCUCAAGCAGACCCCAAAAGUCCUCGUCGUUCAGUCGUUCGACAUGUUCAAGGACAAAGACUUGACGGGGCCGCUGAAUGAAAACCACGGCCUGAACUACACCCCCUUGCUCUACUCCAGGGGCAACCCGGGCAUCAUGUCCCCCCUGGCCAAGAAGAAGCUUCUGUCCCAAGUGAGUGGAGCCGGCCUCUCGAGCAGCUACCCCUACGGCUCACCACCCCCUUUGAUCAGCAAAAAGAAACUAAUGGCGCGUGACGACUUGUGUUCUGGCUUGUCGCAGACCCACCACAGCCCAAGCACUGACCACAUAGCCGUCAGCCGGCCAUCAGUGAUACAGCAUGUCCAAAGCUUCAAGAGCAAGCCCUCAGAGGAGCGGAAGAGCAUCAAUGACAUUUUCAAGCAUGACAAGCUGAGUCGAUCUGAUGCCCACCGCUGCAGCUUCUCCAAGCAUCACCUUAACUCCCUGACGGAUUCCUAUAUCCUGAAGCAAGAAAUGCAAGAAGGCAAGGAUAAACUCUUAGAGAAACGGGCACUCCCCCAUUCCCACAUGCCCAGCUUCUUGGCAGAUUUCUACUCGUCCCCCCAUCUCCACAGCCUCUACAGACACACUGAGCACCACCUUCACAACGAACAGGCAUCCAAGUACCCCUCCCGGGACAUGUACAGAGAAUCAGAAAACAAUUCUUACCCCUCCCACAAACACCAAGAGAAGCUGCACGUCAACUAUCUUGCCUCUCUUCACCUGCAAGACAAGAAGUUGGCGGCGGCUGAUGCCGCUACGGAUGAUCAGCCCACAGAUCUGAGCCUUCCCAAGAAUCCGCACAAACCAACCGGCAAGGUCCUAGGCCUGGCCCACUCAACCCCGGGGCCCCAGGAGAGCAAAGGCGCUCCCCAGUUCCAGGUCCUAAGCAGCCAGAGUCGAGACUGUCACCCCAAAGCGUGUCGGGUAUCACCUAUGACCAUGUCGGUUCCUAAAAAAUACCCCGAGUCACUUUCGCGAUCGGGAAAACCACACCAUGUGAGAUUGGAGAAUUUCCGCAAGAUGGAAGGCAUGGUUCAUCCUAUCCUGCAACGCAAAAUGAGCCCUCAGAACAUCGGGGCUGCGCGGCCCAUCAAGCGCAGCCUGGAGGAUUUGGACUUGGUGAUUGCCGGGAAAAAGGCCAGGGCAGUGUCUCCCCUGGACCCAUCCAAGGAGGUCUCCGGGAAGGAAAAGGCCUCCGAGCAGGAGAGCGAAGGCAGCAAGGCAGCAUACAGUGGGCACGCCGGAGGCGGGGCGGAGGGCCACAAGCUGCCCCUCUCCUCCCCCAUCUUCCCGGGUUUGUAUUCUGGGAGCCUGUGUAACUCGGGCCUCAACUCCAGGCUCCCAGCUGGGUAUUCUCAUUCUCUGCAGUACUUGAAAAACCAGACUGUGCUUUCUCCACUCAUGCAACCCCUGGCUUUCCACUCGCUUGUGAUGCAAAGAGGAAUUUUUACAUCGCCCACAAAUUCUCAGCAGCUCUACAGACACUUGGCUGCGGCCACGCCGGUAGGAAGUUCGUACGGGGACCUUUUGCACAACAGCAUUUACCCUUUAGCUGCUAUCAAUCCUCAAGCUGCCUUCCCAUCUUCCCAGCUGUCGUCCAUACACCCCAGUACUAAACUGUAGGCCCGACUCUGCUCAGCGUCCCGGAACGGCGUGGCGGCCAGAGCUUCACCCCUCGCCCUGGGGUGGCGGCUUAGACAGUUAGAAGCCAGUAUUUCUUCUAAUCUGGGGGUACGAUUCAUCCCAAUGGCAGAGGCCAAGAUGUGAGAUGAACAUGCCUGAUUUUUCUGGGACAGCUCCUGCCUUGGCUGGUCGGCCUUGACUGCCCUGGCUACACGGAUGCUCUGGCACCUGUGGAUCUUUCAUUUUACAUGUGGGUCUUUGGAAAGAGCGUAUGUAUAUCCAGGAAGAACUUCGAGGACCCUAUCUGAGUUUGGUCAGGGAAACAAUCUGGGAAAAAAAAAAAAAAAGAUGGGGGCAGGCUUUUCAAAGGAAGGGGCGAGGAAGCUGGUCAACCCAUGCCAAGGGAUGCCCCUCUUAUCACAAACCUCUCUGAGGUUCAAUCAAUGCAAUGUAUAGUGAAACUUCGGUAGACCUUUCAUUUUGACACUAUUCAACAAUCCAGAGAAGUAAACACUGUUAAAUUGACUGUAUAUAUUUGCUUCUGAAAACUACCCGGAUCACUGUUUGCUCACCUAAUUUAUAUACAGGUGGUUCCAUUUUCUCCUGGUUCCUUCUUGUCCCUUUUUUUUUUAAUAUAUAUAUAUAUAUAUAUAUAUAUUUUAAUUAAACAGUAUCGCUUUUGUUGGCAGGUCUUUUUUUGUUUUGUUUUGUUUUUUAUUUUAAAAGCUGACUGUCCUCGGUGUUGAUGUGUGUUUGUCAUUUUUCCACAUCUUAUCAUUUUGAGCAGCUUUGGGUGGUCAAGUUAUUGUUUACAAAUUGAAGCAACUGAUUCUAAUGGAACAAAUGGAAGAGAAGCAGUUGAGCACACAGUCGUGCAAAGAACGUUCCUUUGCAGAUCCGCAACUUACUGAUUUUGUUCCUCAUAAACGGCAUAGUUGAAAGAGCUUAUGCACUGCUUAUCCGGCCAAAUGCUUUGCUUUGAAGUAUUGGGUUAUGUGAAAAUAUCGAGCAUUGUACUUACCUUAUCUAGGCUGUGAAACUGCCCUACAUACCAGAGGAAGCAUAAAAACAAAAACCUCACUGGCAGCAAGCUGCUGAAUAAGAGUCUAGAGGACAUAUUUGUGGGCUGCACAGAUAUCUUAGGAAUUUUGGAAAUUACAACAGGAGCCAAACUGAUUGACAUUGAUGUUGGCCCUGAUCCUUUUCAGUGGUCUGGGAAAGGGGACUGGGAAGGGGUCCACCUUGGCUAUCCAGCAGAGAAGGAGCAGCUGAAGACCCAACCCUACAGCUUCUCUGGGUGUUGGGCUGUUGAGUCAUGUACAAUCACAUUGUCUCUAUCUACUUGAUUGCUUGUCAUUCCCCAGAAGAAUCUGCUAGGCCUCUUCUUGGGGGAUAAUUGACACAUUGGGUGAGCUAUUUCAAAAGUCAUCCUGUUAGGGAUUAUGGGGCCUGGGUUUGGUGUGACUAUAUACAUCACAGGUGUCAUGAUGUUGAUCACCCGACAAUAUAGUCUGCUUUAUGGUUUCUUGUCUCAUUGGAAAUCAAUGGUCAGGCUGUACAAGCAGCCAGAAGAUGUGGGGGAUAUCUGUGGUCAUUCUUGCCACUCUAUUCCACUUCCUGCCAAAAUGUAACAUCAAGGCGGAUGUGUUUUCUAGGUGUCUGAAAAAUGGAUCAAUACGGAGAGUGGAUUGUGUUUCCAAGUCCCAUCCCUGCUAAAGGUUGCUUUGAUGAACUCCUCAGCCCACUUCCCCCAGACCCCAACACUACCAGUAGGCUUUAGGACCAUAGUUAACCAAGUCUUUUACCUCUGAGAUAUUUAAUUCUACAGAAAUUGAUGACAAUGUUCAACUUCUAAGUAGGUAACUCACUGCAAAAUACUCUAAACUGGUAACAAUGAAACUGCGGCUCUGACACAAAGCCAUGCAUGCCGUGCAUUUGUAUUGAAACGUCUCCAUGAUAUGAAGCCAAAUAUUCCAUGUAGCAUACUUAAUAUCCAAAGGUGGAAACAAAAAGAAUGUAGAGAUCCAGUGUUAAGAGUUCCAUUUGCUUCAAUUAAUUAUUUACCUUCCUGUGGAAUAAUAAUAAUAAUAAUAAUAUAUUUAAUAGAACCAUAGAUAGACCAGUAGAAUUUAGAUUAUAAAUGUGUGAGUGCAGAUUAUCCUGCUAUUGCACAAGAUGGAGAGGGGGAAAUCUCAAUUCCAGCGGGCAAAAUGCUGGCCAGGACACAGAGACACGAAAGUUGCACUAGAAUGAAUGGUCACAGAACCGGAGGACGUGGAGAAAAAUAAAUAAAUAAAUAAAACGAAACUCCGAUGCUUCUGCAACAGACCUGGGCUAGAAUGGUACAUGGUUUCUCUGAGUUUGUUUCUCAAAGAAAAUGGGGACGAUCUGUCCCCCCCAUGGAGUUCACCUAUUCAUUUGGAAUACAGCACGUUUGUUUUCCUCCCUGCCAUGAUUUUAGCCUGUUUCGCCAUGUUGGAAUUUGAUCACACCGUUUUCAAACAAUGUUAACAUAGUGCACCUUUUGUUUUUCACAUCUCUUCUGAGAGAAAGCUCACUGUUUCUGUCUGAGGAAGCUCAUACCCUCAGCAAAACAUCAGGACAAAUAAAGAGAAAUGGGUAUACGUUCUGGACAGAAGCAGUGUGUUACUUGUUUUAAAACUCCGAACAGAGAUCUUGGAAAUCUUUCAAAAAGACCAUUGAAUUCUUCAUUGGCUGAGAACUACAUUUUAAAAAGUCUUAAAUAGGGCUUUGUUUGCAUUGUUUGAGUUCAAGGGGCCUUAUUAUUGAAUGGAAUUGCACAAGCCUUUCUUUGUGCAAUCAAACCAUUGUUAUUGGUAGUUCUAUAAAGGAAACUGUAGAAUCUAAUUGGCAAUGGAGUCAUAAAUCUAUUUACUGAGUGUGGCUUCCAAGAAAUGUUGCAAUUCAAAAUGCACUAAGACCAUGAUUUAUUGGAGAUUUAGAGAUUCUAAAAAAUAGUUUUAAAAAAUCGUUUUCAUGCAAUUUCUGGUUUAACUUUUGGCAACACAACAUUAAAAAAAAAAAGCCCAACUGAGUUUCAGAAUUAAAUAUUCUAGUGACUCGAACUUGUAAUAUUUGCCACAGGACUGACUUAUUUAUUUACUAGCUAGAUGCUGUUAAGUUCACUUGUUUAUCAGGGCAUACACAGAAAGGUUUGUUAAAACUCAGUGUUGACGUUACAACUUUCUGACCUGGUGCAUGAAUUCUCAAGUACUGUAUUUCACUGUGUUGGUGUGUCUGAUGGAAAUAUCGAGGUGGUCCCACUAAAAUAUUUUAUGUAGUGUGCCUUCAAAGAGAAUCAUUUAUUUCUCUUCACUUGUUGUCACAUGGAGUCACAUUGGGUGGUGGUCAGCCAAGUCCUAUCUGGUCUGGUUUUACUCUUGUCCCAAUUUCAAAGAGAAAUGGGAGUGAUUUCGCCCUGGUGAGACCUACACCAUUGCAAUGAUUGCCUUGAGCAUUUAAACUCCAGUGUUGGCUGUUGAUGUAUUUGAUAUUCUGCUUGUCUCCCCAUGGUUGAAAUAUGUCUGAAGAAUAGCAGCAUAAUCUCUUGGCUGUUUAUAAUUUUUUAAACUUUCCUGUGUUGUAAAUAUUGUAUACUUUUGGUGAUUCCAGCUAUGUAACCUCUAUGCUCUGUAAGGUGAUUUUUUUUUGUAUAUAGCAACAUGGCCCAGUGAUAUUAUAUAGUUUCCCAAUGGAGAGGUUAUUGAGUAACCUUUGCAUUAGUUAAAACACUACCAGAAGAACGCUGAGCCAACUAUAAACACUCAAUUUUGUAUGUUUUCCAAAUUGUACUUAUUACUGCUUUUGAUACUGUAUUACGUGCCAAUAGUUUCCCAAUCACAUAGCAGGCAAGAGAUAUUUUGUACUUUUUGAUCCACUGUAAUAUUUAAUAAAAAAUGUUACUAUCUGUU